AGCUCGGCCGGGCCAGGCGCUCCAGGAGGCGGGCGCCCCAGGCGGCGGCGGCGGCCGCGACGGUGGUGGCGGCGGCGCGGGCCGGGAAACUUUGCCCCUUUGUGCGCUCCGCCCCGGAGGCGGCGGGCAGGCAGCGCUGCCUUCUCCAUCAUCCUGACGCGGGAGAAGAAAUACCGGAGGAGAAACUCCUCACCCUGCCCUGCCCCCAUCACACACCUACUGGCACACCUCAUGCCUGGGUCCAGAGUGGGUGAGGGUGAAGAACCCACCCAGCCAAGAUGAUCCCUUCUCUGGGGACUGCCGCUGGUGUCCUCCCCCAGAUCCCGGGCCCCAGCAGGUGGGAGAGUGGCCCCCAACUGAGUCCUAUCAGACUGCUGCAGAGGAGGUGAAGAGGGGUUGAGAAGAGGCACCCAUCCCGGAGCCUGGAGCUACUUGCCUUCACCCUGUAGAUUUUGACUGCUUUAGGAGAGAAGGACCUGUUGGUGGCCUUUGGAGGCAGGAAGCUGGACUGUGGCUCUGCCCCAGCACCUAUGCCCCCACCUCUGGCAGCGUCAUGAGUCAGUUUCAGGUGCCCCUGGCAGUCCAGCCAGACCUGCCAGGACUUUAUGACUUCCCUCAGGGCCAGGUGAUGGUAGGGGGCUUCCAGGGGCCUGGGCUCCCAAUGGCUGGGAGUGAACCCCAACUCCGAGGGGGUGGAGAUGGGCGGAAGAAACGGAAACGGUGUGGUACUUGCGAGCCCUGCCGGCGGCUAGAAAACUGUGGGGCUUGCACCAGCUGUACCAACCGCCGCACACAUCAGAUCUGCAAACUGCGCAAGUGUGAAGUGCUGAAGAAAAAAGUGGGGCUUCUCAAGGAGGUGGAAAUAAAGGCUGGUGAAGGAGCCGGGCCGUGGGGGCAAGGGGCUGCUGUCAAGACAGGCUCAGAGCUCAGCCCAGUUGAUGGACCUGUUCCAGGUCAGAUGGACUCAGGGCCAGUGUACGAUGGGGACUCACGGCAGCUAAGCGCCUCAGGGGCGCCGGUCAAUGGUGCUAGAGAACCUGCUGGACCCAGUUUGCUGGGCACUGGGGGUCCUUGGCGAGCAGAGCCGAAGCCCGACUGGGACGUGACCCCAGGACCAGCUCAUACUGCUCGCCUGGAAGAUGCCCACGAUCUGGUGGCCUUUUCGGCUGUGGCCGAAGCUGUGUCCUCUUAUGGAGCCCUUAGCACCCGGCUCUAUGAAACCUUCAACCGUGAGAUGAGUCGCGAAGCUGGGAACAACAGCAGGGGACCCCGGUCAGGACCCGAGAGCUGCUCUGCCGGCAGCGAAGACCUUGACACGCUGCAGACGGCCCUGGCCCUCGCUCGGCAUGGCAUGAAACCACCCAACUGCAACUGCGAUGGCCCAGAAUGCCCUGACUACCUCGAGUGGCUGGAGGGGAAGAUCAAGUCUGUGGUUGUGGAGGGAGGGGAGGAGCGGCCCAGGCUCCCAGGGACUCUGCCUUCUGGUGAGGCUGGUCUUCUGGCGCCAAUCACCAGGCCACUCCUCAGCUCUGAGGUCCCUCAUAUACCUCCUCCUCCGGAGGGCCUGCCCCUGUCCCAGAGUGCCCUGAGUAUCGCCAAGGAAAAAAACAUCAGCCUGCAGACCGCCAUCGCCAUUGAGGCCCUCACACAACUCUCCUCUGCCCUCCCCCAACCUUCUCACGCCACCUCCCAGGCUUCUUGCCCCCUUCCUGAGGCCUUGUCCCCUCCUGCCCCUUUCAGAUCUCCCCAGUCCUACCUCCGGGCUCCCUCAUGGCCUGUGGUCCCUCCUGAAGAGCACCCAUCCUUUGCUCCUGAUAGCCCUGCCUUCCCUACAGCAACUCCUAGAACAGAGUUUCCUGAAGCCUGGGGCACUGACACCCCACCAGCAACUCCCCGGAGCUCUUGGCCCAUGCCCCGCCCAAGCCCUGAUCCCAUGGCUGAACUGGAGCAGUUGUUGGGCAGUGCCAGUGAUUACAUCCAGUCAGUAUUCAAGCGGCCCGAGGCCCUGCCCAGCAAGCCCAAGGUCAAGGUUGAGGUACCCUCUUCCUCCCCAUCCCCAUCCCCAUCCCCCAUUCUCCAAAGGGAGGCCCCCACACCGUCCUCAGAGCCCGAUUCCCACCAGAAGGCCCAGACGGCCCUGCAGCAGCACCUCCACCAUAAGCGCAGUCUCUUCCUGGAACAGGCCCACGACGCCUCCCUCCCCCCUCCCUCGGAGCCUCCUGCUCCCGGCUGGUGGGCACCACCCAGCUCACCUGCCUCACGGCCAUCCGACAGACCACCCAAGGAGAAGAAAAGGAAGCCCCUGGCACCAGCUGGAGGUCUCGUGGGAACUGACAAAGCUGGCCCUGGGAUCAAGCCCAGUGUCCGGAAGUCCAUUCACAUCAAGAAGUCCAGGCCACGGGAGGCACAGCCCCUCUUCCCACCUCUGCGGCAAAUCAUCCUGGAAGGGCUGAGGUCCCCAGUCUCUGAGGACGUGCAGGCACAUCCACCUGCCCCCGUUCCUGCCUCACAGGGCUCUGCUGUCCCCCUGCCCCCAGAACCUUCUCUUGCGCUAUUUGCACCUAGUCCCUCCGGGGACAGCCUGCUGGCCCCUACUCAGGAAAUGAGGUCUCCCAGCCCCAUGGCAACCCUGCAGCCAGGCUCCGCUGGCCCUCUUCCCCCUGCCGAUGACAAGCUGGAAGAGCUCAUCCGGCAGUUUGAGGCUGAAUUUGGGGACAACUUUGGGCUUCCUGGCCCCCAAUCUGUGCCCUUUCAGGACCCCGAGAACCAGCCAACCUGUCUCCCAGCCCCCGAGAGCCCUUUUGCUACCCGCUCUCCCAAGCAAAUCAAGAUCGAAUCUUCAGGGGCUGUGACUGUGCUCUCAACCACCUGCUUCCAUUCAGAGGAGGGAGGCCAGGAGGCCACACCCACCAAGGCCGAGAACCCACUCACACCCACCCUCAGUGGCUUCCUGGAGUCACCUCUUAAGUACCUGGACACACCCACCAAGAGUCUGCUGGACACACCUGCCAAGAGAGCCCAGGCCGAGUUCCCCACCUGUGAUUGCGUAGAACAAAUAGUGGAGAAAGAUGAAGGUCCGUAUUAUACUCAUCUGGGAUCUGGCCCCACGGUAGCCUCCAUCCGGGAACUCAUGGAGGAGCGGUACGGAGAGAAGGGGAAAGCCAUCCGGAUCGAGAAGGUCAUCUACACGGGGAAGGAAGGGAAGAGCUCACGGGGCUGUCCCAUCGCAAAGUGGGUGAUCCGCAGGCACACGCUGGAAGAGAAGCUGCUCUGCCUGGUGCGGCACCGGGCGGGCCACCACUGCCAGAAUGCCGUGAUCGUCAUCCUCAUCCUGGCCUGGGAGGGCAUCCCCCGAAGCCUCGGAGACACCCUCUACCAGGAGCUCACCGAUACCCUCCGGAAGUACGGGAACCCCACCAGCCGGAGAUGUGGCCUCAACGAUGAGGUUGCCUUUACAAGAGUGUCAUAUGAAUGGAACCAUACAGCAUAUAGCCUCCUGAGUCUUGCUUCUUUCCCUGGGCACCGUGUUUCUGAGUUUCAUCUAUGGAUCCGUACCUGCGCUUGCCAAGGCAAAGACCCAAAUACCUGUGGUGCCUCCUUCUCCUUCGGUUGUUCCUGGAGCAUGUACUUCAAUGGCUGCAAAUAUGCUCGGAGCAAGACUCCUCGCAAGUUCCGCCUCGCGGGAGACAACCCCAAAGAGGAAGAAGUGCUCCGGAAGAGUUUCCAGGACCUGGCCACCGAAGUUGCUCCCCUGUAUAAGCGGCUGGCCCCCCAGGCCUAUCAGAACCAGGUGACCAAUGAGGAAAUAGCGAUUGACUGCCGCCUGGGGCUGAAGGAAGGGCGGCCCUUCUCAGGGGUCACGGCCUGCAUGGACUUCUGUGCCCACGCCCACAAGGACCAGCAUAACCUCUACAACGGGUGCACGGUGGUCUGCACCCUGACCAAGGAAGACAAUCGCUGCGUGGGCAAGAUUCCCGAGGACGAGCAGCUGCACGUACUCCCCUUGUACAAGAUGGCCAACACGGAUGAGUUUGGCAGCGAGGAGAACCAGAACGCCAAGGUGGGCAGCGGGGCCAUCCAGGUGCUCACCGCCUUCCCCCGCGAGGUCCGGCGCCUGCCGGAGCCUGCCAAGUCCUGCCGCCAGCGGCAGCUGGAAGCCAGGAAGGCGGCAGCCGAGAAGAAGAAGGUUCAGAAGGAGAAGCUGAGCACUCCUGAGAAGAUCAAGCAGGAGGCCCUGGAGCUGGCUGGCAUCCCCACUGACCCAGGCCUGUCUCUGAAGGGUGGAUUGUCCCGGCAAAGCCUGAAGCCCUCCCUCAAGGUGGAGCCACAGAACCACUUCAGCUCCUUCAAGUACAGCGGCAACGCGGUGGUGGAGAGCUACUCGGUGCUGGGCAGCUGCCGGCCCUCCGACCCGUACAGCGUGGACAGCGUGUACUCCUACCACUCCUACUAUGCACAGCCCGGCCUGGCCUCCGUCAACGGCUUCCACUCCAAGUACGCGCUUCCGUCAUUUGGCUACUAUGGCUUUCCAUCCAGUAACCCCGUCUUCCCCUCUCAGUUCCUGGGUCCUGGCACCUGGGGGCACAGUGGCAGCAACAGCAGUUUUGAGAAGAAGCCAGACCUCCACGCUCUGCACAACAGCCUGAGCCCAGCCUACGGUGGUGCUGAGUUUGCCGAGCUGCCUGGCCAGGCUGUUCCCACAGACACCCACCACCACCCUGCUCCUCACCACCAGCAGCCUGCUUAUCCAGGCCCCAAGGAGUAUCUGCUUCCCAAGGCCCCCCAGAUCCACCCAGUGUCCAGGGACCCCUCUCCCUUUGUACAGAGCUCCAGUUGCUACAGCAGAUCCAUCAAGCAAGAGCCGGUAGAUCCACUGGUCCACGCCGAAUCUGUACCCAGAGAGCCUGGCAAGAUGGUCAGAAUGCCUUUGCCCGAGGCGUCUCAGAAUGGGGGACCCAAUCACCUAUGGGGACAGUACUCAGGAGGCCCAAGCGUGUCCCCCAAGAGGACUAACAGUGUGGGUGGCAGCUGGGGUGUGUUCCCUCCUGCGGAGAGCCCUGCCGUUGUCCCCGAUAAGCUCGGUUCUUUUGGGGCUGGCUGCCUGACCCCUUCCCACUUCCCAGAUGGCCAGCAUCAGUGGGGGUUAUUCCCUGGCGAGGGGCAGCAGCUGGCCCCCCAGCCUGGAGGACGGCUGCGGGGCAAGCCGUGGAGCCACUGCAAGUUUGGGGACACCGCCUCGGCCUUGGCUGGGCCCAGCCUAACGGAGAAGCCAUGGGCGGUAGGAGCCGGGGAUUUCAACUCUGCCCUGAAAGGUGGUCCCAGAUUCCAAGACAAGCUUUGGAGCCCCCUGAAAGGGGAGGAGGGAAGGAUUCCAACCCCGGGGGUGAGCCAGCUGGACAAAGCCUGGCAGUCCUUUGGCAUGCCCCUUGGCCCCAGUGAGAAGCUGUUCGGGGCCCUGAAGUCCGAGGAGAAGCUGUGGGAUCCCUUCAGCCUGGAGGAGGGGACGGCGGAGGAGCCCCCCAGCAAGGGCACGGUCAAGGAGGAGAAGGGCGGCGGAGGCAGCGGCGCUGGUGGGGCAGAGGAGGAGGAGGAGGAGCUGUGGUCCGACAGUGAACACAACUUCCUGGACGAGAAUAUCGGCGGCGUGGCCGUGGCCCCCGCUCACGGCUCCAUCCUCAUCGAGUGCGCCCGGCGGGAGCUGCACGCCACCACGCCCCUCAAGAAGCCCAACCGCUGCCACCCCACCCGCAUCUCGCUGGUCUUCUACCAGCACAAGAACCUCAACCAGCCCAAUCACGGGCUGGCCCUCUGGGAGGCCAAGAUGAAGCAGCUGGCAGAGAGGGCACGGGCGAGACAGGAGGAGGCCGCCCGGCUGGGCCUGGGCCAGCAGGAGGCCAAGCUGUAUGGGAAGAAGCGCAAGUGGGGGGGUGCCGUGGUCGUCGAGCCCCAGCAUAAGGAAAAGAAGGGGCUUGUCCCCACCCGGCAGGCGCUGGCCGUGCCCACGGACUCAGCAGUCACCGUGUCCUCGUAUGCCUACACGAAGGUCACGGGCCCCUACAGCCGCUGGAUCUAGGUGCCAGGGUGCCAGGGAGCCAGCGUACCUCAGCGUCGGGCCAGGCCCGAGCUGCCUCUGUGGUGCUUUCGCCCUCACACCUGGGGGCGGGUUGGGGGUGCAGAAGUCUUUUUAUCUAUAUAUACAUAUAUAGAUACGCAUAUAUAUGUAUUUAUGGUCCAAACCUCAGAACUGACCCGCCCCUCCCUUCCCCCCAAUUCCCCAGCACUUUGAAGAAGAAACUACGGCUGUCGGGUGAUUUUUUCGUGAUCUUAAUAUUUAUAUCUCCACGUUGGUUUUUUUCCUCCCUUGUUUGGGGGGGCCUUUUAUUUUCUCUUGUUUUUAAAACUCUAUCCUUGUAUAUCACAAUAAUGGAAAGAAAGUUUAUAGUGUCCUUUCACAAAGGAGUAGUUUUAAAUUCCAUUUAAAAUGUGUAUUUAUUGGAUUUUUUUAAAAGUGACAAUUGUAAUGGUAAAGGAUCGGCAGGAAAGGCCAGAAGCACUCAUUCCUGCCCAGUUGUGCUGGGCCUGGUGAGCCUGGCCCUCUUGGGAGCUGACAAGGUUCUCUCAGCCAUCGGCCCCUCAUGAGCCAAGUGCAGGUUGUAGCCGCCCACUGCAUCCCUCCUGACAGACAUGCCUUCCCUUCAGGGGAGGAGCCCUCGGGACAGCUUCUGUCCUCUCCGGUAGGACGGGAGAAUCUGUAGAAAAACUGCUGGGGUCCCUUUUCCAGUCACCGGCUUGGAGUCGGGGAUGGGAGCAGGUGCGCCCCAGGCCAGGCACCUGAGAUGCUGGCAUAGGUUUUCCCAGAAGCCAGGUUGGAAGUAGACAGCUUCAAGCUUGCUAGUCUCCACACUGAAUCCUCUCUGUCCCUUAGCUAUCAAGUCAUGUGAUACCGUGGUCCCCUCGGCAGCACCUCGGGAUGGAGCUGGAAUCAAGAGGUUCUCGGGAGCCUUUUCCACCGAGCUGACUAGCCAACGAAUACUGGCUGGAAGGAGUUUGUCUUAGUGGCAGGUUUUUUUUUUUUAAAAAAAUGCCCCAAAGUCUGUGCUGAUACCGAAAAGGGCUACUGUAUCUUUAAAAACAGGAAGUUGAACCCAAGCUGUGAAAAGCCAGCGGUGCUGUGUGCAGCGCUGCGCAGAGCCUGGUGCUGUAGUGUUGUGCUGGGACUUCCUUGACUCGGGCAGGCUGCAUCUGCAGGAGCUCCGCACAGCAGUGUGACAGCAGUAACGCAUCUCCUUAUCCCUGGAUUUCACAUUGGACAAUGGUGCAUGCCUCAUACCUGAGCCCACCUCCUCCAUGCUUAUCAUUUGGGGAGUGGGCCUACACUUAAUGAUUUUAAAAUGCAAGAGUCAAACAUUUUCAGCAGGUAGCUAUGAUUUUCCUCCCUAAUUGGUGCCAUUUCUCUAUUUGGUCAUUUUCUCCUUUCCUUCCUCCCCUCUCCACCCACUUGAACAUGCCCGUUCUAAAAUUCUGGUGCAUUCAUUCAGUUCUUUGAAAUGAGAAUGUGGUGCUUAAUUUUUUCAACAUUGUUGAGAGAGGUUGGGCCUGACAGGCGGAAGCAACGUGCGUUGACAGCAAGUCAGACUUCUUGGAGUGUCUGUUUUUCCUGUGGUAUUAGCAGAAAUUAUAUCCAGCUACCCAUGUGGAUGUGUGUGGUGAGUGGGAGGCUUCAUAAGGACACAGAGGGGAAUAUGGCCCCACAGUGAAUGACAGCCAAGCCCUGAGAUAAACAUCAGAUAUUUAUUGAGCAGUUUUAUUCAGAUGUGGGUCUUCAUAAAAUGAGUUUAACAAUCAGAUGAUGAUGCUAAAGGCAAGUUCCUGAGCUUCCAGGUGCCUUGUGUAAGAGCUGAGAAUUGACCCGCUGGGUGUUUACUGUAACUGUUCCAGAAGCACUGGCGGAGAGUCGCUGUGAGAUGUCCUGAGCAUUUAUGUGGUCUGGUUUUAACUGUAAAUAGUGAAAAAAAAAUUUUUUUAAGCACUUUUGCCUAGAUUUAAACAGCAACUUGAAAAAAAGUAUGUUUUAACAUGUAAUUGUGGGAGAAAUUGUAAAUAGUAGCUGAAUAUUUAACGUGCUUUGUCUAUCCUUCACUUUUACCAUAUUCUGUAAAGUUGCAUUUAUUUUACAGGACAAAAAUGAAAUAUUAUUGCUUUUGAAAUAAGUACCCAAGAGCUUAUCAGGAUUUCGAAUUAUUCAGAACUCAGAUUUAUAGGAAAACCUCUGACCUUCAGUUUGACAAGCUAAAGGAAGCAGAGUCUUUAAUGAGCAUGCUGAUUUUCUAGUUUUGAGGAAAAGUUGGGUCCUUUAAAUGCUAUUUUGCUUAUCGCAUCAGUACUUUUAUGCAGGUCUCAUUUGACUCCGUGCUUAGGUAGAUGCGGGGGUGCCUUGAAAACUUCAUUUUAAAUUAUCUUAAGCAAGAAAUACAGUAUUUUACAAAACAUUUGGAGAAUGUGACCGUCUGUAUGACCCGGGAAAGCCCCAGGUUGGCUGUUGGUUUGGAAGGUCCUGCGUGUAACCCAGGUGAUUCUGAUGCUUGGCAUGUAUGAAUCUCCUUGAUGUGUGUUAAAUAGACCCUUCCCCUCAUCCCCCUUUGGUAGCAAAGCCAUUAGAUGAAAGAAGAAACCAAUACAAGCUAAAAGCAUGUGAUGUCUGUCCCCCCAGCCCAAACAGCCUUCGGUUCAUAAAUUCUAGAUCAGCAAAUAGGCUGCUGAGAAGUGAGUCAAGAGGCAGUCUCCAUUGGACGUCCCCAUGCCCUUCAGAACGGUGUUUCAGAAAUUAGGUGGUGCUGUUGCCAUGCUCAAGCCCAUGCUGAUUUUUACACACUACAUGUAUAACCUACCUCAAAUCUCAGUCAUUAAAUUAGCAUGCUUUAGACGUAUGUUGAAAAAGUAACUAUGCACAGCUCUUUAUCCCCCCCCCUUGCUGCUGAAGGUUUCUUAAAGAGAAAAAUCAAAUUUUUAUUUUUUACUGGCACUAUCAUUUUUUAAGUCCUAAAGAUGAUUAACAGACAUUUUUAUCAUGAGAAGAAAAAUAAAGCCAUUGCAACUAAAGAACCUAACAGCAUGAUCAAGUUUUAAUAAUAGUAUAGCAGCGGAAAUGAUGAAGUCUUAGAGUCAUCCCCCAGUGUGCCCUGUCCACAGACGCCAUCCACAUGCAGUGCAGACAUUUGGUUCUUCUUUUGUUUUGUUUUCCCCGCCUUUUGCUUGCAAGGAAAGUACUUGCAAAGUUUUGUGCUAAGAGGUUUUUUAAAAUAAAAAUCGCUUUGUGGCAGGUUCUCGCAAAAUAACUGGUGCUAGCUCAAGAAACCGUUAUCUAACCAUCAGAAAUCUUGAGUAAGGUGUUUCAUGGAUUUUGAGGUUUCUUGUUUUUGUUGUUGUUUGGUGUGUUUUUUUGCAGGGCCUAGGUUUCCCACACUCUGGCUUCGUGGGUACUGCUUUGCUGUCUCACUGAGAUGACAGGUAUGCAUGGAAAGAGAUCAUACCCACCCCUCUUGGUCCUUUCACCAGCCUCUUUUGGAAACAGUAGUUUGCAGAACAAGGGACUUUUAAAGUGCUAAAGUAAGGAAAGAAGAGCAGAUCUUAAUUGCUUUGUACCAGACAGCAGUGGGUGUGUGAGGACGGGUGACAGUGAGUAAGUAGAUGGUAACCUGAUUCCAUUGAGAGAACCCGGCCAGGCUUCAUGAAGUUAACCACCGCCAGAUCUCACACCAAGGCAGUGCUGUGGAAAAUUAAAAUGAUAGCCCUGACGUGCCUCAACCAAUCUCUCUUUCCUUUUGUUACUGAAGUGUGUUUUAUGGACUAGGAAGCAUUUUUAUGAAUUGAAAUAGUAUAAAUAAAAUGGUGCUAUGGUGUUUUAAUGUGACUGUCCCUGAUCCUGUCCUGCUGAGGUGCUAUCAAGGUUCUGAAACCACAACCAACCAAAAACAAGGUGGGCUCCAGUCUCUCUUGGCUUCUCCCCCCCUCCCCCCUUUUGGUGCUGUCUCCUUAGACCUCUGUUUACGUGCUAGAACCUGCUCUGAGCAGUUUUUCUGUUUUGUUUUAUUCUUCCCUUGCUGGCCAAAUAGAAAGGCAAGUCUCGAAGGCGGCCAGCCCCCUUACUACGACGGGGAAUGGGCUUGACGGGGAAUGGGCCUGCCUGGCUUGGAGGUGGCGGGAGCUCUCGUUUCACAUCUGUCCUCUUAGGCCUGAUAAGAAAGGAGGUGUGAAGGGCUUUUCUUUUUUCUUUUUUUUUGGAGGAAGGGGAGUUGGGUACUCCUGCCUCUUCUAACGUGGCAGGCAUUCUCAUAGCCAACACACAUUUUCCUCCUGCAGUCCAGGGUGCCAAGUAGAUGUCUCUGAGGGUUCCAAAGGUGCUCUGCAUACCAAGGUGGGCCAGAUGGGCCUCCUUCCUCACCUAGCACUGGCCAGGACCAUGGUGGGCAGGGGUCUCAUUCCUUUGCUCCUCACAGCCUUUGCCCCAGCAAUGCUUCUGCUUCUCAUUGGGAACCCCUCAUGUUCAAACUUAAAGGAAGGAGCUUUCUUUGCUCACUCGGUGCCACUGAGGCUCUUUUUAGUUGGUGCUAUUCUAAAUUUCUUCUUGGGUCCACAAAAGUUGAUAUUUUAAAAACUCAACAGGAAGCUCCAUUUUGUGUCAUCCACUGUCACAAUAAUUUUUUUAAAUACCUCAAAAACAAAACAUCAUGACAACUUUGGUAAAGUAGAUUCCAUGAGGGUCUGAUACAUACAGGUUGUCCAUUUGAUGACAUACUUGACCUUGCAGAAUCUGGGGUCAUUUUGUUUUUCAUUCUUCAGUUAAAAUGGCAGAAUGCCUAAAGGAAGGACUGUGGUUGACUUUAUUUCAUUUCCUUUUUUUGCUUUUGAAUAAAAUGUGAAUUUCCCAUGCCCAUCUCAUUGAGCUUUUUCAGUCAUGGUUGCUGUCAUUUGAAAUGACUCCCUCAAAACCUAGUUUUAUUAGCCAGCUGCAUCUGCUGUAGUACAUGGCCAACUUCAACAUACCCUGGACCAAAAUGAACAUUUUUUGGGGUGCAUACCCCCAGCAUAGGUUACACAGUCCCACACCCACAUGUGCAAAGAGCUUUUCCAUGUGUGAGGCCCCCGUCUUGGCGCUCCCAGCCCUUCCUUCUGCAGAGCUGCCGACAAGAGCAAAGCAAUAGGCUUCUUCCCUGAGCAGAGACUGCAGCACAGAAAUGCAAAGUCUAAAGUUGCUUUUUGCCUAAGAAUCAGUGAGAAUUGGCCUACUUCCUUGUUUGCUUCUAUUCUGAUAUCAGGGAUGCUUUUUGUAGUGGUAUUGUUUGCUCUCUUUUCUCAUUUUGACUACCUGUCAUUCAGGGAUAACUCAUCAUUAUUCACAUGAGGAUUUAAAAAAAUACUAUUUGGCUCAUUUGAACAUCCAAAUUUUCUUGGUUCCAGUACUUUUUUUUUCUUUUGAGGGGAAAAAGGAGGAGAAAAACAGGAGCGAUGUAAUUUCUUUUUCACGUAUUCUAAUUUAAAAAAAACAAGGACAGGUCAUAUUGUGGCAUAUUAAUGCAUUAGACUUCAUCUAGAACCCCUGUAGCUUUUUGGUGUGUUUUAUUUCUUCUCUCUUUGAAUUCCUGUUUGGUUACUUGGCUUCCAAUGGAGGUGAACUUAACAACCAUACUUGAAUAUUCCGUCUUGACUUUGUAACUGUGGCUACUUGAAAUGAAGUUUAUCUGGGGUUGAUGGAUGAAUGGUAGAUUUUUGCAAUGUCUCAAGGCAAUAGGAUGUGUAUUAUUAAACUGUAGAUAUUCUUAGUACAGUAAAUUUAUGCUGAUAAUUUUAUUUUGUAUAAUUUUUACUUUUUUGUUAAUAUUUUUUCUUCCCACUUUAUUGGUUUGCCUCCUGAGCUACCCUCCUUGCCUUCCCUUCUCCCCCAGUGUUUCAGCAGAUUUAAUUUAGGGUGCCUAGAAAUUGCAAGUAUGUAUCCUUUUUUGAUUUGUAUUUUAUUAUAAUUUACACAAACAACUGGGUUUGUGAACUGUAUUACUCCUGGUAUCUUUAAAAUAUUGUGGGUGUUUUAAUAAAUUUUAUAUUUA